UCAGAAUAGUAAGAGGCCUUCAAAUACUAAUAGAUAUCAUCAUAAAGACUUUUGCUGUUGACGGCUAGCUUCUCGGGGUAUACAUUUAACUGUUAACAAUUUGAGAACUGCUACGUUGAAGGAUUUGAUAUUUCAGGACUAUUUAUAUUAAAUACCAAUUUGAAUCGCCGGAUCUCUUCAUCUCGCAGAAUCAACGGAUCGAUUUUCAAAGCCAUUUGUCUAGUCUCCCUCGAAUCAUGACGUCAACGAUCCCUCGAAUCAAAUGCGUCGUUGUUGGUGAUGGUGCUGUCGGGAAGACUUGUCUCUUGAUAACGUAUGCAAAAAACGAAUUCAGCUACGAGUACAAAGUGACGGUGUUUGAUAAUUAUACGACAGGGAUUAUGGUAGAUGGCCAGCCAGUAGCACUGGAUCUCUGGGACACCGCCGGACAGGCUGAUUAUGAUCGGUUGAGGCCUUUAUCCUACCCAUUAACUGAUAUCUUCAUUAUCUGCUUCUCAAUGGUCAGUCCAACAUCCUUCGAAAACGUCUCAUUGAAGUGGUACCCAGAAGUCCGACAUUUCAGUCCAAAUAUUCCCAUCAUACUUGUCGGCACUAAAGAAGAUCUGCGGGAGGACGAAGACGUCAUCAAUACAUUACGUCGGUUGAAAAAGAAACCAAUCAGCUUCGCCGAUGGAGUUUCGUUAGCAAAGACUAUAGGUGCCGUGAAAUUUAUCGAAUGUUCUGCGCUCAAAGGGAAAAAUUUGGACGCUGUUUUUCACACUGCUGUACGGACUGCUUUGAAUCCAGUGAAACCCAAACCUCAUGGUCAUCAAAGAUGCAGACUCCUAUGAUGGAACUAACUGCUUAUAGGAAACAAUGCAAUGACGCCCGGUACCCUUUACAACUGUAGCUGGGAUGUGGCAGAAUGGUGAAAAUGGCAAAGUCCAUUCGUGAAUGUUUCGUCCGCAUCGUUAUGGGCACUGGAAAAUAUUUCCGAAGUGGACAAUUGGAAAACUACUCGCAGAACAAUGCCGUCCCCCUCAUAUUGCAAUUAGUACAGUAGUGCAGUUGAUUGUUAACUACAUGUAUACAAAUUCGAAGAACAGUUGAUGAGUUUGAGAAACAGGAAGGAGGAUACUAUUUUUCCAACUAUCAACCCACUUUUCUGGUUUAAAGCGGAAGUACAUGAUUGUGGCGUUAGUAAUUUAAUUUUAUAAUUAGUAUGUACGUGAUAUUGAGUUUUUGUCUUUUACCAAUAAAUUCUAA